AUGGAGAUGUGGCUGCGGUCCAACAACAUUCCCAAAGAAAAGAAGCAAUCACCAGCUGUCCAAGCCUUCACGGGGAAUGCUUACAAAUGGUGGCUAAAGGAGAGCAGUCCAAGCAUCUACAACCAGCCUGUGGUAGAUUGGAGAGACCUUAAAGUCAGGAUGUAUAAGGAGUUUGCAGAGAAGUAUCAAGACCAAGUAGAUGCCACAUCAAAGUUCCAUUGUCCAGCAACACCGAGGAAGGUGAUGUCUACACCAAAACUGCAUGCUGUUCCUAAACCAAAGAAGGCUCACGACCAUGAACCCAAGAAGAUAUCAUCUAGUGUACUUACACACCAAGAAGGGUUUAAGAGGUCGGCUCAAUUACACAAGGCUCAGCCACAGUCAAUCACUACACCCUUACCUGAACUGCAAAAGUUACAAGAGAUGUGUCAAAAGCUCAAGGAGACUCUAGAACCAAAGGAGGAGAACACAUCAAACCAAGGUGUUAAUACAUGUCCUAAAGAGCAUGAUUCCAUUAAAGAAGAACCACCAGGAGGAGCUUUUGUGAUGAACCAGAAUAAAGUUCUAGAUAUAAUGCAUUACAUGUUGCCUAAGGAGGAAGCCCAUGUUUGGAACAUAGGAACCAAAAGAGUAAUGAGCAUAAUAUUUCCAACAAAUGGAGGCAGAAUACAAGCCAAAGUUUUACAACUCAAAAGAGUGAACCACAAGAAAGUGAGGCCACGACUGAAUGUACCAGAGUUGCUGAGACUACUCCAAGAGAAGUCCAAGGAUUUUGAGACAGGUUUAGGAACUCAGAAGAAGUGCACGGCCCAAAGACAAAGGACACCAGUUCUGAUAUUAGGAACAGAGGCAACUGAUUACAUGGGUGAGCCACACAAGGAGGUCACAAGGUGUUUAGAUGCCAAAGUAAAACAAGAAGUUACCACAAGAAACUCCUUGAUCCCAGACGACCCACCAGGUCAUGCGACCCCCAUCAGAAUGCCAGACCAAAUCAGAGGAGUAGUCAUGUCUUCCCCACUCAAAGAAGAGCCACCAGAUGUGCCAUCAAAGAUCAAACCGAUCAAAUACCAAGGGAGAGGGUAUGAUGCGGCCAUCAAAUCAGUAGCUGAACCAGAAGCCAACCAGUUGCACCAAACAGCUAACCCAAAGACUCACCAGGAUAUGUGUUCAAUCAAAACGGCGUAUCUCACCAACCAGGAGGACAUUGUCCAUGAAACUAAUUUUCCUGCACUCUACGCUCAACAAGGAGUCAAUCCAAAUUGGAAUCAUCAUCAAAGAUACUCGGCCCAGGAAGAUAUGAAUUUAACAAACCGGAG